UGUCCCUGAUGAAAUUCGACGUUUGAAAAGUGUCUGGGAAGGUUUGAAUGUUGCAAUGGAAGCUUCGUACGAAACAGAUGUGCAACAUUUUCAGGAUAUUACAGCCAACUACGAAAAAUUGGUUAGUGAACUUAGCAACGAGCUGAAGACUGUCAAGGCUGAACAAGAUACUCUGAGAUUGAAAGUCUCUUCGGUUUUGAACGAAAACAAUAGAUUGUCAAAGCAAAUCAAAGAAUUGACGCAUAUUGGAAAUCAAGAUUCAUCUUUACAAUCAGAACUAGUAAAAAACCUUCAACAACAAAUUGUCACACUUUCAAAUGAGAAAGAAGAGAUUACGAAAUUAUGGCAGCAUUCUAGAAAAUCUCUUGAAAUACUCGAGAACGAAUUGAAGAUUUUCCAAACUGGAAGUCAAGAUUUCGUCCCAAAAAGUGAAUAUAUAAAGGUCAAACAAAACUAUGAAGAAAGAAUAAAAAUCUUGAACAUCGAUCUGAACUCAACGAAGGCUAUUCUAGAAGAAACUAUGAGAAACACCAGCAAAGAAUUAACUGGCAAGUAUCAGGAAAUCGAUCAAUCUUUAGAAAACCAAGCGAGCGCCCUGAAAAUCGUGAAAAACUUGGAGGAUGAAGUCUUGAUCCUUCAAAGCAGGCUGCAAGAUUUUGAAAAAGAGAAAACAAAAUUACAAAAAACUUUGAAAAAUGGCGAGGAUAUGUUACAAAAAUUAACGAAAAAAAAUGUAGAGUAUAGAGAUAAAGUUGCAGAGGCUGUUCAGGUAGUUGAAGCAGCCCUGCAUGAAAAAGAUGCAGCACUGUUCAGGGAAACUGAAAUGAAUAUCAAGAUAGAGAAAAUUAAUGAAGACAUGAAAAAUAUUAUGAAGGAAAUGGAGGAAAAAGUUACAAAUCAAGUCGAAGCAGUUAAACUAGAGUACAAUAAAAGAUAUGAAGUUCUCAUGGCUAAAUACAAUACAGCUCUAGAAGAUUUGAAAGUGAAAUCUUUGGAAAUUGAAAAGUUCUCUGCUAAAUGUUCUUUCCUUGAGAAUGAAAUGGAGAAGUUUCGGCGAGGUGAUGUCACUAUUCAAGAUACUAACAUUUCCAAACUUCUCAUCCUAGAGAAAAAUUUGGAGACUACUUUCCAAAAAUUGUUGGUUUCAGAAAAAGUGAAUAUUCAGUUGGCCUCGGAAAAAGAAACUAUCAAAAAUGAUAUGGAGCAAUUGGCUGGACACUAUGAAAGAACUCUUAAAACGAAAGAAGUUGAGAAAUUAACUCUUCAAAAUAAAAUCAAACAAUUAGAAAGCUAUUUGGAAGAAAAAGAUUUAACUUUGAAACGAUCUAAUGAGAAAUUGAAUUUGGGAGAGGAAGAGAAAAUAGAAAUUCAAAAGAAUUUCAAACAACAAUUGGAAAACCAGGAAAAGCUUAUGGCACAGGUUCAGGCAGACAAAAUUUUUGAAAUAACAACAGCUUAUACGGAGCGAAUGAACCAACUUCAGAAUCAACUGGAUUCAAAAGACAAACUCAGCCAUCAGUGGAGAAACGAAACGAAAAUAAUCAUAGAAAAACUGGAAAAAGUAGUUGGGGAUUUGAAAGCUGAAGUUCGCAAACUGAAAAAAGAUAACUUGAAACUUAAAGAAGAAUUGGAUAAGUAUAAGAACAAAUUUGAGCAAUAUAGAAGCUUUCUUCAGAUUAUUUCACAAGAUGUAAAUAAGAUCAGUUACAAGGCAUUCAAUAAAGACCAACCGGGAUGAUCUUUA